AUGUCGUUCCAUGUCGCAUCGUCGUUUACUCCCUACAUCCUGACUCUAGCAGGACUAGCUACACUCAUAUCCGUGCUCAAAAAGCACUUACUAUCAUCUCGUUCGCAAAAUCUAACUCAGUCCAAGUCCAAGUUCAUUCAAGACCUCAAGUCUACGGCCCGAGCGCUGCCAUCUUCGUGGUACAGGUCUAAGGAAAUCUACGACCUAGAGCGCCGAGCCAUUUUCUCCAAGAAAUGGAUUCUCGUUAGCCACAAGCUCAGAUUCUUUGAGACUGGAUCCCAGGUGGAAUUUAAAGAGGCUGGCUUCCGUUUCGUUCUCGUUAAGACCAAGAAAGGGAGCAUUGAUGGCUUCCACGUUGCGAGUGAAGAUGAAUACCCUGCAAAGGGUAAUGCAGAGGAAUUGAAUGAAUCCACUAAAGAGCCGUCUCCUAUUCAUGUACGCGUCGACGCCAAGGGGUUUAUCUGGGUCAAUCUUGAUGACUCAAAGAUCCCUGAAGACUGGUCAACCGAGUUCAGAAACAUCGACAAUAUGGCGAGACACGAAUCCUUCAACUUCGAGGACUAUCACUUUGACCACACCUGGGGUAUGAGCGGCGAUUAUAACUGGAAGACACUAGCGGACAAUUACAACGAAUGCUAUCAUUGCAAGACCGCUCAUCCCGAUGCUGCUGCUGUAGCAGACCUCUCAGCUUAUCGAGUCGAUACCAAGGGUGGUAACAUUGAGCACUUCGCCAACACGACCGCGGAGGCAGAGAAGUCAGGCUUGAAGAUAGUGAGCAACUAUUACUUUCCUAAUGCUUGCAUGACCGUCUCUCCCAACUUCUUUUACUUGAUGCGUUGCGUUCCUACUUCGGCUAGUCACUGUUCCAUGGAAUAUGAGGUUUAUCGACACAAAGAUGCUAGCGAUGAAGACUUCAAAACGAUUGAUGAGAUGUUCAAGAGGAUUCUCGCUGAGGACAAAUGGCUUUGCAACAACGCUCAGAAGAACCUCAAUGCAGGAGUUUUCGUCAAUGGAGAAAUGCAUCCUAAACUGGAGCAGGGGCCAUUGUACUUUCAGCAUAGGAUUCGAGGUAUCUUGUUUGAUCAUCAUAUGCUGGAGAAGAAGACUGGAAAGGAGUCUCAUCUGGCUUAG